AUGUCGAAAAUAGCAAACAGAGACUAUGCAUCCCUUAAUCUCUCUGGAGACAAUUACUUGCAAUGGGCGCUAAGCACAAGGAUAAGUCUAAAGUCCAAGGGACUCGGUGAUACUAUCACCGAGGACAACAAUGAAAAUGAAAAGAACCGAUACAGAGCCUUAGGCCUUAUGCGUCAUCAUCUCAUUGAUGGUCUUAAAGAUCAAUAUGAUCACCACAGGAUGGUGUUGCUUCCAAAGGCAAGGCACGAUUGGAUGCACCUAAGAUUCUUAGACUAUAAGUCAGUGGAUGAGUACAAUUCAGCUCUAUUCAAGAUUGUCUCAAUACUAAAGCUAUGUGGUCAAGAAGUAUCCGAUAGUAUGAUGCUUGAAAAGACCUAUAUGACUUUCAAUCAGUCGAAUUCUAGUAACGGAGCUAGACCGGCCGGGACAGCACCACUACCCGAAGCCCAUGAGGUUGAGAAGAAUGAUCCCAAAGAGACCUACUACGUCCAAGACAACAAGAAACCAUACGGCAAUGGCCGUGGUGGAUUCAAGAGGCGUGGACGUGACAACUCGAACGGCCUAGACGGCUACUCAACUGGCCGGAAAGGAAACCACAAUAACCGUGGUCGUGGUUCCAAUUACGGCCGGGGUUGA